AUGCGUGAAGAAAUCAGAUCUGUGAAAUCAAAGAAGGUGCCGAGAAUAAAUGUUAAAAUCAAUAGCAUUGACACGAAAGUUUUGAUCGAUACGGGAAGUUCAAUUAACAUUAUUAGCCAGUCAGUGAUUGAUAAAAUGUCACCAACGCCAAAACUUGAAAAAUCGGAAAUAAAAGCCUACCCCUUCGGACAAAAGCAGCCCAUUCAUGUUGAAGGCAAAUAUAAAUUAACAGUGGAAUCUAACAGUAGAUUUGUGCUUGUUGAUUUUCAAAAUAUCAAAGGAAAUUCAGAAACCAUUAUCAGUUAUGAAACAGCUGUAGAGUUGGGAAUCGUACCUGUGAUAAACAGUAUGAGAAACAGUGACUACAAGGAACUGUGUGGAAAAUAUAAUCAGUUGUUCAAGGGACUAGGGAAACUUAAAGAUAUUGAAGUUAAAUUCUACGUCGACGAAUCAGUUGUUCCGUCAACACAGCCGCCAAGGCGUGUUCCGUUUCACGUCAGAGAAAAGGUCAAGAAAGAGCACCAACGCCUUGAGAAGACCUUGACGUCAUAG